AUGCGAGUGAAGGAGGUGGAGGAACUGCUACAACGCUCAGAGCACAACGGCUUUCCAGUGGUGGAAUCCCUUGCUUCUCGUCACCUCGUCGGAUUCGUUUCACGUAUGGACCUCAUCAAAGCUCUCGAUCUCGACCGACCGCAUUCCUCGCGUAGGUAUAGUUUCAAUUCGAUCGUCUGCUUCACCGAUAGAACACCUCUUUUGGAUCAGAGUAACCGAAUGGACAACCCAGAGGCCUUUCCUCUUCUGGCUGAUGUUCGAAACAUCGUCGAUUUGUCUCCCACAACCUUAACCCAGGCGACCCCAGCAUCCACCAUCUUCGAUGUGUUCAGGAGUCUUGGUCUCCGACAGGUCCUGGUGACUAAUCUUGGACGUGUCACUGGCAUCAUAACAAAAAAGGAUCUACUGCGGUUCUUGGACGACUGUUGA